AUGGUGUGUCUUUUGGAGAAGAAGAAGGAGAGUAACAAGAAUGGGCCUGCACAAAAGCUCAACAACCAGAGAACCAGCGCGGUAAGUACAAGCAAUGGUGAUGGUAGCUACAUGUUUUAUCCAGCCGCUGCUGCGUCUCUUCCUACUGUCUCCGAUUCUGAUCAUCACCGCCACCAUCACGCUGGUUACCAUCACGGUGGCGGUGGUUUUGGUGGACAUCACGGUGGCGGUGGUUUUGGUGGACAUCACGGUGGCGGUGAUUUUGGUGGACAUCACGGUGGCGGUGAUUUUGGUGGACAUCACGGUGGUGGCGGUGGAGGAUGUGGCGGAGGAAGUUAG